CCCACAUCCUCUCCAAACGAAUUUGACAACUGGCUCGAAGAACUUGGCGCAAAUACAGAGCCUUAAAUUCCAUGCUGGGGGCAGUUGCCUAUGAUAGUUCUAAAGGUUCCUUGUAGUAAACUUACAGUUGUUCCAAGGAUCAAGUCCUGUUUUUGUGUUUUAGAGUACAGACUAAUUAGUGUUGUGUUCAGUCCAGGAACACAGCCUGCCCCCCGUCUGGUCUCCUUCAGCACAGACCCCUUCAGAAAGAAAGGCUAGGUGGCAGAGUGCCUUUUAACAGAACAUGUUCAUGUUCUCUUUCAGUCUUACUACUUUGACCGCGAUGAUGUGGCUUUGAAGAACUUUGCCAAAUAUUUUCUUCACCAAUCUCAUGAGGAGAGGGAGCAUGCUGAGAAACUGAUGAAGCUGCAGAACCAACGAGGUGGCCGAAUCUUCCUUCAGGAUAUCAAGAAACCAGACCGUGAUGAUUGGGAGAACGGGCUGAAUGCAAUGGAGUGUGCAUUACACUUGGAGAAGAGCGUGAAUCAGUCACUACUGGAACUGCACAAACUGGCCACUGAUAAAAGUGACCCCCAUUUGUGUGACUUCAUUGAGACUCACUACCUGAAUGAGCAGGUGAAAUCCAUCAAAGAAUUGGGUGACCACGUAACCAACCUGCGCAAGAUGGGGUUCCCAGGAGUCUAA